GACUGUUAACCCCAUCCAUGCCAGCAGUAUUAGUUCUUUCCCUUUUGGUUUGCACUGCCUGUAAUGCUCAUCGCGUCCUCAGAGUGAGAGGCCAGCCUGCUAGAGAAAUCCAGGAAUCUGCAACAAAAACGAUGACAGUUUGAAAUACUCCCUGGUGCCAACCUCCAAAUUCUCAUCUAUCACUUCAGACCCUGACUAGUUGACAGAGCAGCAGAAUUUCAACUUCAGUAGACUUGAAUGUGCUUCUGGGCAAAGAAGCAGAGCUAACGAGGAAAGGGAUUUAGUUUCUCUUGGGUGUUUGUCAAACUUUUAUUUCCUGGCUGUGUGCAGAGAGGGGAUUCAACUUCAAUUUUCUACCGAAGCUCUGGGUCCAGCCACCUACCUGAAGAUCCCUUCUGCCACUGGUCCCAGUUGGCUGGACCCAGUAGAAACCACUGGGCAAGAGGACCUGUUGACACUAUUCAUACAAGCCCUGGACAUCUCAGGGUAGAGAAGAGGAGGUGGAUGUGAAGUGGAUUUGGAAGAGCAAAUGGAAGAUAUCUAGAUAUCCAGGGGCGAAAUCUCUUUCCAGAGUGGGAGAGGAGGAAUUAACAGCUGUGGACCAACUAUGUAACAGCUGUGUCCUUUCCUUGCUCUCGUGAAAUUACCAAAUGACUACAUAAUCACAUUUGAGUCUCAAAACAACUCUAGAAGAUAAAUGAGAAAGGUCUAAAAAGCAUGAAGACUGUGCUGCUUUUCCUAUACUUUUUGGGAACUGCAGCUGCAAUCCCGACAAAUGCAGGGUUCUUAUCUGAUUAUUCCAAACCAACUGCUGAAACAUUGGGAACAUCUGACAACACUGCAAUCCCCAUUUUAAGAGCUGAAGAUGCAGAAAAUGAAAAGGAAACUGUAGCAUCCAUAGAAGACUAUCCCAACCAUAAGGCUGAAAAAUCUUCAAUACUAAAGUCAAAAGAGGAAAACCAUGAACAGUCACCAGAACAGGAUAAGAGUUACAGCCAAGAGGUGGGAUUGAAAGAUCAGGAGGACAGCGAUGGUGACUUAAGUGUAAAUUUGGAGAAUGCACCAACUGAAGAUACAUUGGACCUAAAAGAAGAGAUGAGUGAGCCUCAAAAGAAAAAACUCCCAGAGAACAUUGAUCUCCUUGCUUCUGAUGUUAGUUCCUUUGUGGAUUCUAACCAAGAAGAAAGUGUCACAAAGAGAGAGGAAAACCAAGAACAACCUAUAAACGAUUCACAUCAUCAGUUGAAUAGGAGCAGUAAACAUAGCCAAGACCUAAGGGGUCAAGUAAAUCAAGAGCAGGAACCAAAUAUUCUCAGUAGAGAAAAAGAAGAAGAAGAUGAUCCAGGUGAAGUUGGUACCCACAAUGAUAGCCAAGAAAGGGAGAGAGAAUAUCCCAAGGAGCAUUCUAACAGCAAACAGGAGGAAGACAUUACCCCAUCUGGUAUUUUGGAAGAGUUCAAUCAACCAACUCAAGUAAGCAAGAUGCGGGAUGACUUUGAGCAGGGUAACCAAGAACAAGAAGAGGAUAACUCCAAUGCAAAAAUGGAAGAGGAAAAUGCAUCAAGCAUCAAUAAGCACAUUCAAGAGACCAAAUGGCAGAGCCAAGAGGGAAAAACUGGCCCUGAAGUUAUCAGCAACCAUGAGGAAAUAGAUAAAAAGACUGUUUCUAAGGCUUUGCUCAUGGAACCUACCAAUGACGGUAACAUCAUGCCCAGAAAUCGUGGAGGUGCUGAUGAUAGGGGUGAUGAUGGCCCCAGGCACAGUGCAAGUGAUGACUACUUCGUCCCAAGCCAGGACUUUGUGGAAAGUGAAAGAGCUCAAUUGAAUUACUACCACAUCAAAAACGAUGAGCAAAGAGAAAGAGCUCAUGAAAAUGAAAGCAUUGAUACCAAUGAACCUGGAGAAUCCCAAGGGGCCAAGAAAGCAGAGAGCUCAUCCAAUGAAGAUGAAACUUCAAGUGAAGGCAACAUGAGAGUGCACAGUAUUGAUUCUUGCAUGACCUUCCAGUGUAAAAAGGGGCUCACCUGUAAGGUAGACCUACAGGGAAAACCUCGCUGUGUUUGCCAAGAUCCAGUGACUUGUCCUCCAACAAAACUCCUUGAUCAAGUUUGUGGCACUGACAACCAGACCUAUGCUAGCUCUUGUCAUCUGUUUGCUACUAAGUGCCAACUGGAGGGGACCAAAAAGGGGCACCAAUUGCAGCUGGAUUAUUUUGGAGCCUGCAAGUCUAUUCCUGCUUGUACGGACUUUGAAGUGACUCAGUUUCCUCUACGGAUGAGAGACUGGCUGAAGAAUAUCCUCGUGCAGCUUUAUGAACCUAACCCUGAACAUGCUGGAUACCUAAAUGAGAAGCAGAGAAAUAAAGUCAAGAAAAUUUACCUGGAUGAAAAGAGACUCUUGGCUGGGGACCACCCCAUUGACCUUCUCUUAAGGGACUUUAAGAAAAACUACCACAUGUAUGUGUAUCCAGUGCACUGGCAGUUUAGUGAACUUGACCAACAUCCUAUGGAUAGAGUCUUGACACAUUCUGAGCUUGCUCUACUGCGAGCAUCUCUUGUACCCAUGGAACACUGCAUAACUCGCUUCUUUGAGGAGUGUGACCCCAACAAGGAUAAGCACAUCACCUUGAAGGAAUGGGGCCAUUGCUUUGGAAUUAAAGAAGAGAAGAGGGAGAGAGCAACAGUGCCAAAUGCUGCUGAGAUGUCAAGGAAGAUAAAAGACUGAGAAUGAUCACUGGACGUACGAAUAAGGAUAUCCUGGUGGCCUUGAAGACAUAGAUGAAAAUCUCCUGUUUUGAAUUAAGAUUUGAAAGAACUCAAACUUUCCAGCAUUUUCCUCUGUUCUGACCACUUCUGAAAUAUAUGCAGCUGUGAAACUUGUAGAUUUAUAUUUAGCAAAAUGUUUGCAUGUAUGAGAAGACAAUGAGAGUAACUGCUUAAUAACAAUAUAUGCAUCAGCCACUUAAUGUAACUUUGGAAAGAAAACUUUAAAGUUAAAUAAAGUCAAUAUAUGUAAAAUAUUGUACACUGUUUGCAAAUAGAAGUUUAACUCAUAGUAAUUUCACUCUCUGCAUCAACUUAUGUGAUAAUUACUAAUUAUAAAACUUGAAAAGAUAGUAUGUUCAUAUAGUCCA